AGAGACGCGACCUCAAGAAAUAAGCAGCAGACUAGCAAGCACAACCAUGUCCAGGAAUAACGCCAGGAGCAAUGUCAGAGGACCCAACUCUGCGUUGACAGAGUUUCUACGCUCACGAGGCAUCCGCAUUGAGAACCAAGGACGUAACCGACCUCGUCCCGCUGUGCCUGUCCCUGCUAUUGGCGAAGAGACGACUGGAACGCUUGAGGAACAAGCAGAGCUAGAAUCUACUGCUGAAGCGUCAACGCCUCCCACAGCAGUUGCAACCAGGAAAUCCUCAAAGAAGCGCAAGAAGAACCAAGUCAGUGAUGAUGAGAGCGAUGGUGAUUAUGAACCACUUCCACGUCCUAGUGCAGGACAAAUUGAGUUUUGUGCAGAGUGCAAUACUCGCUUCACAGUGACGCCGUAUAACAAAGAAGCCACCUCUGGCUCAGGCUUACUAUGCAUGCCCUGUGGUAAGGCACUCACUACACCCACAAAACCCAGAGCUGCCCCUAUUGCUCGCAAGAAGCGUGCAAAAGCAACAUUGGACGGCGAACGUUUCCUUGUUCCCAAACUACAAGACUUGUCGAUUCGCACGAUUGCAAAGCAUAUUGACCAAGUCGAAGCGCUCGGUGAUAUUGGCCACUUCAACCUCGACAAGAUUUGUCAAAUCAUUUGCAAGAAUCGUCAGCUCUCUGCACAGACGCUGCCCUUGUUUUUGGAUGCUAGCUUGACGACGUUGUCGCUGUACGAUUGUGCCAAUCUCCAUAAAGACACGAUGGCUCAAAUUGGCCAAUUCUGUCCGCGUCUCAAGGCUUUGCGUUUGCAUCUCUGUGGACAAAUUACAGAUGCUGUACUCAUGUCUCUCAUUGCUCGCUUGGGCAACCUCACAGCGCUUUCCCUCUUUGGUGCUUUCCUCAUCACAACAGGUUGCUGGCAGAAGGUCUUUCAAGAAACACCAAAUCUGGUGGAAUUCGAAGUCAGCGAUACCUCACGCUUUGACCACGAAACAAUGCAGCAGCUCGUCAAGCAUUGUCCCGACCUGCGCGUCUUGACACUCAAACGACUCACGCAUCUCGGAUCCGAAGCCAUCACACUCCUUGCUGGUCUCUCAAAACUUACGCACCUCAAUCUCAGUCAUGCAGGUCUUGAAGUGACUGAUGAAGCUAUUGACUUGAUUCUCUCUGCUGAUCCAAACCUUGAGUUGCUAGACCUGUCAGGCUUGACGUCACUCACGGAUGCAACGCUUGCGAGUAUUGGGAAACACUGCAAAUACUUGAAGAUUCUACGACUCAAUGAAUGUGACCUCUUCACCAAUGACGGCUGUGUUGCCCUCUUCUCAAAUUGGCAAGGUCAUACGGGUUUGCGUGAGCUUGCACUGGAGCGAUGCGUUGCGUUGGGUGAUGAAGCUGUUGCUGCUAUUCUACGACAUUCCGGAGGGACGUUGCAAAAGCUUGUGUUGAAUUCAUGGGAUACAGUUACCGAGAAGGGUUGUCUGAUGCUUGCUGGAUCUCAGGCAUUGCCUGUUUGUGAGGUUUUGGACGUCAGUUGGAUCAGAGCUGUGGAUGAUUUGGUGGUGAGGCGAAUUGUGGAACAUGCCAGCGCACUCAGGAAGUUGUUGGUUUGGGGGAAUAAUCUGCUGACUGCUGUUGAGCAUCCUGGAAAAGCUGUAAUUGUUGGUCGAGAGUCGGGUUAGAGGUAGAAAUUGCAGUAGAGUUGUACAGUUGUCUCUGUUGUCAACAGGGAGUUUACUUCGUCUUUGUGCAUAACCCAUGUCAGUAUAGCGUGAGCAUACGAGCCAUCGCGGA